CUCAGCUCUCACUUCUCCUCUCACCUCUCACGCCGUGGGAGCAAAGGUCGAAAAUCCUCCCCAUCACUUCUCCUUUCGUUCGGAACCACUGCAGUAAGCCGGGGUGGCGCAGAUCUGUGCAGUCGGGAAUAAAUAUAUCGGAAGAGCAUACUCCAUUGUUGAUUGGGAACAUGUUAUCUGAGGGAGAUAAGGUAUCAUCGUCAGUUUCUUCAUCUUCUAUUGUUAAUCAUACUUUGAGAAUCAACCCAAUUUGCAAUUGUGGGUCACCUGCUUCACUUAGAACAUCGAACACGCCAAGAAAUCCGGGCCGAUCAUUCUUUGGGUGUUCAAAAUACAAUACCAAGGGAUUACCACAUUGCAACUUUUUCAUAUGGGCAGAUAGUGGUAAGGAAAUGGAGAAUGACCUUAUGAAAGUAUUCAUUGAGAUUUUGAUGAAGAAGGAAGAGCUCCAGAAAACACAUGAAGAGUUGCAGAAAACACAUGAAGAGGUUCGCCAAUUAUUGCAACUUUUUCGAAGAAGAGAGGAAGAGGUGCGAACAAUGAUGGAAGAGGUUCGACAUUGUUCGGAAGAGGUUCGCCGUAGAGAUGGCGAAAUUGUCAAGCGGGAGGUGGAAGUCCGGCGUCAACGCACACAUAUUCGUAUAUGUGUGGCAGUUUCUAUUUUACUUUAUUUGUACUUUAUACGAUCGCUUUGAGUAUUAAUAGGCAUUUAGUUGUGUUUUGUAUAAAUUUAUUAGUGCAAGUUCAGAAGUUGGAACUUUUGGGACAACUCUUUUAUGUUGGUAUUUGUAAUUUUUGUGUGGAAAUUGAAGUGUAUACAUGCCUACAGGUC